UGGGCUUUCUGGCAGAGACCAGCCAGUGGAGCUGCUGAAUCCACCUCGAGUGAACCACAUGCCCAGCUCUGUUGAUGUGACCACAGCGCUGCCCUUGCAAGUUGCCCCGACGUCAGUGCCGAUGGACCUGCGCCUGGACCACCAGUUUUCCAUGCCGGUGACGGAGCCGACGCUGCGGGAGCAGCAGCUGCAGCAGGAGCUGCUGGCCCUGAAGCAGAAGCAGCAGAUCCAGAGGCAGAUCCUGAUCGCGGAGUUCCAGCGGCAGCACGAGCAGCUCUCCCGCCAGCACGAGGCACAGCUGCACGAGCACAUCAAGCAGCAGCAGGAGAUGCUGGCCAUGAAGCACCAGCAGGAGCUGUUGGAGCACCAGAGGAAGCUGGAGCAGCACCGGCAGGAGCAGGAGCUGGAGAAGCAGCACCGGGAGCAGAAACUUCAGCAGCUGAAGAACAAGGAGAAAGGAAAAGAGAGUGCAGUGGCAAGCACAGAAGUGAAGAUGAAGUUGCAGGAGUUUGUGUUAAACAAGAAGAAGGCCUUGGCCCACCGGAAUCUCAACCACUGCAUCUCCAGUGACCCUCGCUUCUGGUACGGGAAGACCCAGCACAGCUCUCUGGACCAGAGUUCCCCUCCCCAAAGCGGCGUGUCCGGCACCUACAACCACCCGGUCCUGGGGAUGUACGACUCCAAAGACGACUUCCCGCUCCGCAAGACAGCCUCUGAGCCCAACCUGAAGCUGAGGUCCAGGCUAAAGCAGAAGGUGGCCGAGAGGAGGAGCAGCCCCCUCCUGCGCAGGAAGGACGGGCCGGUGGUGACAGCGCUGAAGAAGCGCCCGCUGGACGUCACAGACUCUGCAUGCAACAGUGCUCCUGGAUCUGGUCCCAGCUCUCCGAACAACAGCUCCAACAACAUCAGCACCGAGAACGGGAUUGCGGGAUCGGUCACGAGUAUCCCGGCAGAGCCCAGCCUGGCCCACAGGCUCGUGAACCGCGAGGGCUCCGUGACACAGCUCCCGCUCUACACCUCUCCUUCCCUGCCCAACAUCACGCUAGGCCUGCCUGCCACCGGCCCUUCCAGCGCGGGCUCGGCGCAGCAGGACGCGGAGAGGCUGGCCAUCCCAGCCCUGCAGCAGCGCAUCUCCCUGUUCCCUGGAACUCACCUCACCCCCUACCUGAGCACUACAACGUUGGAAAGGGAUGGGGGAACCGCACAUAACCCUCUCCUGCAACACAUGGUCUUACUGGAACAGCCGACUGCACAAACUCCCCUCGUCACAGACUGGUAUCUUUCAGGACUGCCCCUCCACGCACAGCCCCUGGUUGGAGGCGAGCGGGUCUCCCCUUCCAUCCACAAACUGCGGCAGCACCGCCCGCUGGGGCGCACCCAGUCCGCGCCCCUGCCCCAGAACGCCCAGGCCCUGCAGCAGUUGGUCAUCCAGCAGCAGCACCAGCAGUUCUUGGAGAAACACAAACAGCAAUUCCAGCAGCAGCAGCUGCACAUCAACAAGAUCAUAUCCAAGCCCAACGAGCCCGCUCGGCAGCACGAGAGCCACCCCGAGGAGACGGAGGAGGAGCUGCGGGAGCACCAGGCCCUGCUGGAGGAGCCCUACGGGGACCGUGCCACCGGCCAGAAGGAGGCCCCGGCGCUGGCCAGCGUGGUGCAGGUGAAGCAGGAACCCAUCGAGAGCGACGAGGAGGAGGCAGAGCCUCAGCAGGAGCUGGAGCCCGGGCAGAGACAGGCCGAGCAGGAGCUGCUCUUCCGUCAGCAAGCCCUUCUCCUGGAGCAGCAGCGGAUCCACCAGCUGAGGAACUACCAGGCGUCGCUGGAGGCAGCUGGGAUGCCCGUGUCCUUCGGGGGACACCGGCCCCUGUCCCGGGCACAGUCCUCUCCAGCCUCAGCCACCUUCCCAAUGUCCGUGCAGGAGCCCCCCACUAAGCCAAGGUUCACUACAGGCCUUGUGUAUGACACCUUGAUGCUGAAGCACCAGUGUACCUGUGGAAACACCAACAGCCACCCCGAGCACGCGGGCAGGAUCCAGAGCAUCUGGUCCAGGCUGCAGGAGACGGGGCUGCGGGGCAAGUGUGAGUGCAUCCGUGGAAGGAAAGCGACUCUGGAAGAGCUGCAGACGGUUCACUCGGAAGCCCACACGCUGCUCUACGGCACAAACCCUCUGAACAGGCAGAAACUGGACAGCAAGAAGCUUCUAGGUUCUCUAACGUCGAUGUUUGUCAGGCUGCCUUGCGGUGGUGUCGGGGUCGACAGCGACACCAUUUGGAACGAAGUGCACUCGUCGGGGGCCGCCCGCCUGGCCGUGGGCUGUGUCAUCGAGCUGGUCUUCAAAGUGGCCACAGGAGAGCUCAAGAACGGAUUUGCCGUUGUGCGGCCCCCGGGGCACCACGCGGAGGAGAGCACCCCCAUGGGCUUCUGCUAUUUUAACUCCGUGGCAAUCGCAGCGAAGCUGCUCCAGCAAAGGCUCAACGUGAGCAAAAUCCUCAUAGUGGACUGGGAUGUCCACCACGGGAAUGGGACUCAGCAGGCCUUCUACAAUGAUCCCAAUGUCCUUUACAUCUCCCUCCAUCGCUACGAUGAUGGCAAUUUCUUCCCAGGCAGCGGUGCUCCCGACGAGGUUGGCACAGGAGCAGGAGUUGGUUUCAACGUUAACAUGGCAUUUACUGGUGGCCUGGAUCCACCCAUGGGAGACACGGAAUAUUUAACUGCUUUCAGGACCGUGGUCAUGCCCAUUGCCAACGAGUUUGCCCCGGAUGUGGUGCUGGUGUCGUCCGGUUUCGAUGCGGUGGAAGGACAUCCCACCCCCCUGGGAGGGUAUAACCUGUCAGCAAAAUGCUUUGGGUACCUGACGAAGCAGCUGAUGGGCCUGGCCGGGGGCCGGGUGGUCCUGGCCCUGGAGGGCGGCCACGACCUGACCGCCAUCUGCGACGCCUCCGAGGCCUGCGUGGCUGCCCUGCUGGGCAACGAGCUUGACCCUCUCCCAGAGAAGGUUUUCCAGCAGAGAGCAAACGCUAACGCCGUGCAUUCCAUGGAGAAGGUCAUCGAGAUCCACAGCAAGUACUGGCACUCCCUGCAGCGCUUCGCCUCCACGGUGGGAUACUCCCUGGUGGAGGCACAGAAGUGCGAGAACGAGGAGGCGGAGACGGUGACGGCCAUGGCGUCGCUGUCGGUGGGCGUGAAGCCGGCGGAGAAGAGGUGA